AUGCAGAAGGUCCAGGGAGUACCUUUGUCUGGUUCUGGAAGUCCUGGAUCCGACACUGGAGGUGUUGGGGUGGGUGGAUCAUUUGGUAGUCAACCAGCUUCUGGUGCAGAAGGUCCAGGGUUCGGUGCUGGUUCAGAUUUCGGGUUUGGUGGUGGAGUAGGAGUACCUUUGCCUGGUUCUGGAAGUCCUGGAUCCGACACUGGAGGUGUUGGGGUGGGGGGAUCAUUAGGUAGUCAACCAGCUUCUGGUGCAGAAGGUCCAGGGUUCGGUGCUGGUUCAGAUUUCGGAUUUGGUGGUGGAGUAGGAGUACCUUUGUCUGGUUCUGGAAGUCCUGGAUCCGACACUGGAGGUGUUGGGGUGGGUGGAUCAUUAGGUAGUCAACCAGCUUUUGGUGCAGAAAGUCCAGGGUUCGGUGCUGGUUCAGAUUUCGGGUUUGGUGGUGGAGUAGGAGUACCUUUGCCUGGUUCUGGAGCUGGAAGUCCUGGAUUUGGUAUUGGAACAGAAGGUCCAGAAUUUGGUGGAGGAGCCGCCAGUUCAGGAAUCGGUCCUGGAUCCGAUUCAGGGUUUGGUGCUGGAGUCGGAGUCUCAUUGCCUGGAUUUGGAGGUGGAGCUAGCGGUACCGGUGGAUUUGGAGAUGAUGUCAAUACCUUGGGAACAGAAUCUGGUACAGGAAGUCCAGGGAUACCUUUGACUGGAUUUGGAGGAACAGACCCUUUAGGGACUCAUUCUGGGGUUGGAAGUCAAGGAUUCGGUGAUGUAGGAGUAUCUUUGCCUGGAUCUGGAGGAGGGGGAGUAGACCCUUUAAGGACUGACUUUGGAGGAGGGUUCACUAACGGUCCAGGAGGUUUUGGGUUUAACUUUGGAGGGCUUGGAGUAACUUCAGCGCCGGACUCGGGUUUCAGCGCUGGAGGAGCUGGAGUACCUCUUCCAGACUUUGGAUCGGGGCCUGAAUCUCACGCAGGUGGCUCCAUAGGUCUGCAGGGGAUUGGUGACAAUAAUGCCAGUGGUUCAGGACUUUUCAGUGAAUCAGUGGGAGUAUCUCUACCCAGUUUCAAUGGUGGUUCUGAGUUUGGGUUUAAUGCAGGUACACUAGAUGCUUCAGAUGUACCAUUACAGGGACCCCCAUUCCCAAGUGACAUUUCGAUAGGCCCCAACUUUGGUUCAGAUUCUCCGCCGGCCUUUUCGCCAGGUAAUGAAGUGGGAGGGUCUUUAUCUUCAGGAGGGGGACUAAAUAUUAAGGGAUCUACAGCUGGCGUGGGUGUCCCCUUAAAUACUGAAUCUGGAAAAAAGAAAGGUACGGGGCUAACUUUCAUCAACCCAGCCACAAGUGUCUUUCCGUUUUUUGAGUUAGGCCCACCUGAGCUUUCCCCAGGAAAAGCUGCAGGUGGGCGUAAAACCCCAUUUGAUUCCCCUCACGUCACUGAAGGAUCUCCAUCAGUGAAACAAGGUUUUUCUAAUGCUGCCAAAAAUGAUAUUACCGUAGAGGAUUCAGGAUUGGUGGAGCCAGUUCACAGAGCAGAAGACUCCACUGUCACGGAGCCACAGGACUUGGAGCAAGUCUAUCAUGAAAUAUACGGCAUUAAGUUGCUAGCUAACGAUCCAAGAAAACAAACUCCUGCUCCUAAAAACCUAGAGCUUCCGAGGCUCUGA